CAGGAAUCGAUGGAGAUGAGCAUGGCGCUGGAGGAGAGCCUCAAAGGCGUCUCGUAUACGGUGCACUUCGAGCGCCCGCGCGACGCAGGCGGCUCCGCGGCUGGCAAGAAGGUGUCCCUCACGUUCGACGCCUUGUCGCUCGUGGGCGACGUGCAGCAAGUCGUGGAGCUGGAGCUGUUCGGCGCUGCAGGCAAGGAGCCCGCCUUCUUGCUGCUGGACGGCGCGUCGCUGCCACCCCAUCUGCCUCUCCACCUCGCCGGCGCCUCAUGCCCAGGCUGGCCGUCGUCGGUGAGGAGGGCGGACAGACCGAGGCCGGCGUAGACGAGAGCGGCAAGACGAUCACCGUGGCCAAGGAGCGGCCGCCCCCGACGGACGAGGAGCAGCUGCUCGCGGCCGCGCUCGGCGUGCCCGCCGCGCUGCCCGGG